UUCGUCUUCUCUCUCUCUCUCGCUCUGUCCUUUCUCUCUAACCCUCAUUUCUCAGAUCCGCAGGAUCUUCGUGUUUUCAUGGAGGCUUAAAAAACUCUCAACAGAUAUCCUUUUAACAGAUCAGUGAUCCUCUAGUGUAAAAGAAAUCAUCUUUCUCUAAUUCUCUUGUAUUUCCUCCAAUAUUCAGAAUCAAUAGCCUUUCUUCUCCAGGCCUUUAAACUGUUCGCUUCCAGAUUUGGAGACGAGCUCAGAUUCUGUGAUCUUCGCUGUAGAAAGGAGUGAACUUUAGAUCAGAAAAGUGUUCUUGGUGGGGGGGUAGUUAAGAGACUAGGUAGUGAAAAAAGCUUCUUGAUUUUAUCUCAGAAAUGGAAACUCUUAUCUUAGCUGAAGAGCAUAGGAACCAGUACUAUUAUGGUAAGAAACCUCUAGGACACAGUGAUGGUUUUAGACCAGCUCCUUCCAAAGCUUUCAGGCAAAUCAACUGCAGAACGUUUCAAACUGGAGCGGGUUUGCUUCCAAGGCCAAAGAGAGCCUCUUCAACACCUGUUCAUCAUCAUCAUCCUCAGGCUCACUCUCCUCCUUCUCCCAAGUCCGUUUUGCCCUCUGUUAGAACCAGUCCCAUUCCCAUUCAAGGCUCUCGGAUCCUUAGUGAGUUUGUUGACGAAAGGAGAAGCCUUUCUUACUCUGAGCUAUGGGCAGGACCUACUUACUCCAACUCUCCUCCGCCCACUUCUGUGCCCAUUCCCAAGUUCUCUCUCCGGCAAAAGAGGACGGUAUCUUUGACCUUUCCACCUCCUGACUCUGAUGUUGAUCUUCCUGAAGUUGCCAAGUCUGCUCCGGUUUCUCCAACCUCUUCUGGUGUCAACCCUUUUCAUUGUACUGUCUCUGCAACUAUCACACUGCGUCGCAUGCUCAACCUUGAGACUGCAGAUGAAUGAAGAUCAGGAGUCUUUACGGGAACAAGGGUUUAGUUUUAGUUUUGUGGAUAUAUAAAUAAGGUGGUUAGUCACCAAGUUGGUGUGAGUUUGUUAAUGGCGAUGGUAAAAGGAACACAGAAGCAGUCUUGAGACUUAGAGUUGGUCAGCAGUUAGUGGUUCUCCUAUGCAAGAUUAAGGUGUUACUAGUGGUGGAACAGCUGGGUUAUAGUGAGCGGAAACGUUCAGGAAGCAGAUUGAUUCUUGGUUUAGCAUAUAGGAUGGCUUGUUACCAGUCUCUAACAGAUACCCUGGGUGGAUUGAUAAGUUCAUGUAGUGGUGCCCUUUGUAUAGUUUCUCUCUAGAGUCAGUCUUUUUCCCUUUGGCUUCUUUUCUUAAGUGGGUUAGAUUAGCAACUAGGUUCCUGGUCUCAUAUCUCCCUCCUUGUCCAUAUCUUUUCUUUCAACCCUUUGUCUACUUUCAUGUUCUUGAGUCUUAUUUUCCUUUCUGUUACGUUUCUGUCUAGCCUUAAAUAUGUCAGCCUUACUACUUGUGUUUUAGUGGUCUUCCUCUUCAGCUCUUUUCCUGAGUUUUUUUUGUAAAGGAAGAAGGGAAUAGGAAGUUCUUUCUUGUGUCUCUCUUAGACUAUCUCUACCGGUGAAAGAUUCAUCCUGAUGAAAGCUGAUACUUCUUCUCAAGAAACGAUAGUCCUCAGGUUCUUCUUGACACCGGUCUUACCUAAAAUACUUAUAAGUUUCCUUGGGAGUUUCGUGAUCCCUCCAAAUCUGCUCACCAGGUACCUAUAGAAGCUGCUGCUCCGCUCUGCUUUUGAUGCUUCAUCGUAGUUUCUUUAUCACUCUGCUAUCUUUUGGUUAUGUUGCUUUGUGACGCAGUGGCAAGUAUUGUCCCUGUACGUAUGUUUUCUUCUCGUCUUUGUUUGUAGUAUGUGACAGUGUUGUAGACGUUUUGCUAUCUUUUUUUGUGUGUUUAAUGUUGAAGGAGAUGUAUCCCUUGUUCCCUAUAAUUAUUAGUACUAUCGUUCUGUA